AUGUGCGGCCUCAUGUCCGAAGCUGUUUUUAUUCAAUUCAGCGACGUUCACUUCCAGCCUUUUGAAAUCGAAAGCAAGUCCGGCUUCGACCCCAACACUUACUGCCUUGGCGACAUGAAGCUUAUUUUUCCUGUUGUCAUAAUCUGCGUUGCAAUUGGAUUCAGUGUGCUGACAGCGCUGGCCUUGUACAAUCACAGUCAGAAGCAAAAACUGACGACGGAAGUUUUUCACGAACUGUAA